AACUGUGGACUACCUGAAUACUCUCUUCUCUACCAAUUACUCUACCAAUUAAAAGGUGGAGUGUCCGGGCAUGUCUAUUCCUGGUUUUGUUCGGGUUUGAUAAAUCUACAAGGAAGAUGAUUUUGUAAUACAAAGACAUCUCCAAUGCCAAGAGGUUGAUGUGCUUCUUGGACCAGGCACCAAUUCUUCGUGUUUGUAACGUCAAAAAUUAAUCUCACUGUUAACCCUAGGGCUAGGAAUUUGGUAAAACAUUCGGUGAAGAUAUUGGAUCAAGUAUGCAAAAAUUAUCUGCAAAGUAGCCGUAUCAAGUAUGCAAAUUGUAGAUAGAAGAAUGAAGACUAAAGCUCCAAAUCUACCACGGGGUCUCUGAAAUGACUAACUAAAGCGUUUAAUCCAAAUUUCUAAAUCCCUCGUUCGUUCCGUCAUUGCUCGAAGACAAACCCGAACAAUGAAGAAAUUGGUCGCUUUUAUCCUUCAACCAGUAUAACCGUGUUCGUUCUACUAUAUGUUUUCAUUUGCUCCGUAGCUUUCCGGUCGUGGGUAUUAGACUCCCGAUUUUUUUUGAUAUUAGAUUCCCCCGAGCUCACAGAUGUUCUCUAUCCACAAGUUUCCCUGUGGUAAUUUGAUCUGCUUGGAAGUAGUUGUCCUAAGUAAGCACGUAACUCAAAUUUCUACAAUUUUCUCCGAAAUUGGAAACUGCUCGUCAUCAAUCAGCCUUUUAGGUACCCGGAAGAGCUGGACCUUCUUAAGAUCUUCCUGAAGAAUGGCAUAAGUCCUUCAAGUAGUGAUUCUCGAACACGCCGAUCAUCUUUUUCAGAAUCAGAAGAGGAAGAAGACUUAUAGCCAAGAAAAUUGCGGAGCAGUUACUAAUGUUCCAUGGGCUUCAGCAGAUUCUGUGGUUAAGUUUUUAAGCCUUGAGCUUCAUUGUCUAAAAGGUUGAUAGAGCUGCACCAACUAAAUAAGCUUGAAUGUGGUUUAGGUCUUGAUGUUUAAUGCAAGAGUAUAAAAUCAGAUUUACAGCUCAAGAGUUCAUGUGUCCACCAAAAAUUACUCCAGCGAAUUGGGUUUAGCUACUUUGAAAAACUGGUUUCCAAGUGAGAUCAAAUUGUCGGUGUAGGGGAUCGAAGAACAUAAGAGGAGAGACAUGAAGAAGCCUCGAACGAAAAAGCCUUUCAUACCAAUGCAAGAUCAUUUUCAGUACUCCUGGACCACAGCAUUAAGUUUGUAAGUGAACUUCAACCUGCUGAGGACUUUAAAGUCAAAGAUUUUGAUUAAUUCUGAAGGAGUAUGGAAAUUUCACCAAAUCAACAUUAAAAGAGACAGUGAAAGGCUUGGAUCAUUCUAGUGGACCAACCCUAUAUGUGUCACAAACAAGGUGGGGAUCAUCUAGCUUCACACCUACGAACUGUACUAUCAACUGAACCAGAACAAAGCCACCAUCAACUUCGUUAUGGAAUUUCUGUGACACGAUAAAUACAUUACUUCAGGAUCAUCGAAAUCGAUAAAUGAAGGACAGUCUCAUUAAAAAGGUUCGGCUCUAAUUGUGGGUGCAGUACUCCUGGGUAUUGUUGCUAUCUUGGUUGUUUAUCGUGCUAUAAAGAGGGAAAGCGCUGCGGAGAAGGAUUUAAAGGCUUCAAAGGGUAGUGAAGUCACUGUAACUGAGCCACCAUACCAACUCUGGCAGGUUGGUUCAGAAACAAUGGAGAAAUUUAUACUUAAUAUGGCUAGUGAAAAACCCAUUAGAUUUACUACUCAAGAACUUCAUAGUUAUACUAAUAAUUACGCAACAAGGUUGGGUUCAGGAGGUUUUGGGGUAGUCUACCGAGGACAGUUACCUAAUGGAAUCAAAAUUGCAGUGAAGGUUCUGAAUAAAAGUGAAGACAAGAACGUUGAAGAGCAGUUCAUGGCAGAAGUAGGAACUAUUGGUAGAACUUACCAUAUUAAUCUAGUUAGAUUGUAUGGGUUCUGCUCUGAUCACCAAACAAGUGCACUCAUUUAUGAGUACAUGGAAAAUGGCUCCCUCGACAGAUUCUUAUUCAAUAAAGAAGCACUGAAGUUCAAAUGGGAAAAACUCCUAGACAUUGCAAUCGGCACAGCAAAAGGACUUGCUUACCUGCAUGAAGAUUGUCAUCAAAGGAUAAUUCAUUAUGAUAUAAAGCCUGGUAAUGUUCUUCUUGACCAAUAUUUUUUACCCAAAGUUGCAGAUUUUGGACUUGCCAAGCUUUGCAACAGAGAAAGUACUCAUGUAUCCUUCACUGGGUACAGAGGAACACCGGGUUAUUCAGCUCCGGAGUUUCUUUUACAUAACUAUCCAAUUACACAUAAGUGUGAUGUUUAUAGCUUUGGGAUGUUAUUGUUUGAGAUGGUGACGAGGCAGAGAAACUUCCAAACGCGUCCAGUUUCAGAAAUAAUAGACUGGUUUCCGAAGAAAGCUUGGGAAGAGUACGAAAAGGGUCGACUGACAGACUUAAUAUUCGAGAUUGGAAUUGAAGAAAAAGAUAAAGAGAAGGCAGAACGAAUGUUCAUGACUGCAUUCUGGUGCGUUCAAGAUUCUCCUGAUUCAAGACCUUUGAUGAGUACUGUAGUGAAGAUGUUGGAAGGUGGAGUUGAAAUUCUCGCACCAUCAAAUCCAUUUCGAUACCUAUUUGCAUUAAGUCCUACAGAUGUGGUGAUUGAUUCAUACACUACAAGAAGUGAUUCCUCUUGGUACAAGGAUUCAGCACCAAUUAUGAAGAAACAGGAGAUGCAGAUGACAAGUUCAAGAUGAAGCCAUGAUCUCUUUUUAUUAUUAUGUAAAUGAGUUUUUAACUAUUUUAGUUACUAGACAGUGAGUCGGUCUACGUUUCUUUUCUUGUGAUACACUCUCAUGAUAAAGAAUUUUAGCAUAACUCUCAAGUCCAAAAGAAUCCAAAUUUGUGUUGCUAUAUAGGACAAUAUGUCUCUGCUAGCUAUAUGAUGCGCUACUUUUUCUUUCA